AGUUUUCAAGAACCAGAAUUCAGAGCGCAGAACAAUGAACUCCCCUUGAAAACUCCAUCACCAUUUCCCAUUAAAUCUUCUUGCAUUUCAGCUCUAAAACAGGAUUGAGAGAGAAAUCACAGAGAGAGAAAUAGUGGCGAUGGCUUCAAUGGCCGUAGGCUCGUGUAGCGCGUUGAUUGGUAGCACCGAUGCUUCGCCCAAUUUGAAGCGGUACGGUGGGCUGAGACCAUUGUUGGGGAGCAAACAGAUGUCUAUGAGAACAACGCCAGCUGGGUUCGUGGCGUGUCAAAAAUCUCCAAAAUGCGGAAGGAUAAGGGCGAUGACUUCCCCAACUGUAUCAGCUCCGAAACGAGAGACGGACCCCAAGAAGAGGAUCGUAAUCACUGGACAGGGCCUUGUGUCAGUGUUUGGCAGUGAUAUCGACACAUUCUACAACAAGCUAUUGGAAGGACAGAGCGGUAUCAGCCUGAUUGAUAGAUUUGAUGCCUCAGCCUUCUCUGUGAGGUUCGGUGGUCAGAUUCGCGAUUUCUCAAGCAAAGGUUACAUUGAUGGGAAGAAUGAUCGCAGGUUGGAUGAUGCCUGGAGAUAUUGCCUGGUUGCUGGAAGAAGAGCUCUUGAUGAUGCUAAUCUAGGAAAAGAAGUUUUGGACACUAUGGACAAAUCAAGAAUCGGAGUGCUCGUUGGAUCAGGCAUGGGAGGCUUAAAUGCUUUCACUAGCGGAGUAGAAUCCUACGUCCUAAAAGGCUACAAGAAGAUCUCCCCUUUCUUCAUCCCUUACUCCAUCACAAACAUGGGGUCGGCGUUGCUAGCAAUAGACACGGGCCUCAUGGGACCAAACUACUCUAUUUCCACGGCAUGUGCGACCGCAAACUACUGCUUCUAUGCUGCAGCAAACCACAUAAGGAGAGGAGAUGCUGAUAUUAUGGUCGCUGGAGGGACUGAAGCAGCAAUUUUGCCUACUGGAAUUGGUGGUUUCAUUGCUUGUAGGGCACUUUCGCAGAGGAAUGACGAGCCUGAGAGGGCUUCUAGGCCUUGGGAUAAGGGCAGGGAUGGAUUUGUCAUGGGAGAGGGGGCCGGCGUACUGAUUAUGGAGAGCUUGGAACAUGCAAGAAAGAGGGGAGCAACUAUAAUAGCCGAGUACCUCGGGGGGGCGAUAACAUGUGAUGCUCAUCAUAUGACUGAUCCUCGAUCUGAUGGUCUUGGCGUUUCUUCCUGCAUAGAGAAAAGCUUGCAAGAUGCCAGAGUGUCCCCGGAAGAGGUGAAUUAUGCUAACUGUCAUGCAACAUCAACACUUGCUGGAGAUUUGGCAGAGGUUAAUGCCAUCAAGAAGGUUUUCAAGGAGACGUCAGAACUUAAAAUGAACGGAACUAAAUCAAUGAUCGGACAUUGUCUUGGCGCUGCUGGAGGAAUAGAGGCCAUCGCAACAAUCAAAGCUAUCAACACUGGCUGGCUUCACCCCACUAUCAACCAAGAUAACUUGGAGCCCCAGGUCACAAUUGAUACAGUACCAAAUGUGAAGAAGCAACAUGAAGUCAAUGUUGCUAUUUCAAAUUCCUUUGGUUUUGGAGGCCAUAAUUCAGUUGUUGUUUUUGCACCUUUCAAGCCAUAGACGAUUACAACUCAACUUAUUUUUUUACGAGAAGCAUUCCAUGAUUACUCUUUCUUCUUUCUAAGGCGGGUGAUGUUGCCAGUUCUUCUGAUGUGCUGAUUUAUUGAGGGGAGCGGUUUUCAUAUCUAAUAAUGCAACCAGCUGCAACAUUAUAGUAUUUCCUUGAGACACAGGGCAUGUUUAACUAAUUGGUGGAUAUGUAUUUUAAUUGCACUUU